GCCUAAAGAUGCAGUGGACCCCAGAGCAUGCACAGUGGGCUGAGCAGCACUUUGAUAUCUCCUCCACCACACGCUCUCCUGCACACAAAGUGGAGGCCUACCGGGGGCACCUGCAGCGCACCUAUCAGUACGCCUGGGCCAACGACGACAUCUCUGCACUCACCGCCUCCAACCUGCUGAAGAAAUACGCAGAGAAGUACUCUGGGAUUUUAGAGGGUCCGAGUGAGCGAGCGCUGCUCUGCUCCUAUUCCGAUGGCACUCCUGGACUCCUGAAUGGACGUAAGUCAGAGAGUGAGUCCUGGCAGGAGGGGAUUUACCCAAUGAACUGCGCUCCAGAUGUUAUAUCUGUGAGCAAAUCUGGAAUGACAGCUGCCCUUCCCCCAACAGACGUGUCGGCCAGCAUAGGUAGCACCCCAAGGGGGGCCAGCAGCUUGACCGAGCCCAGCUAUUCCAGCAGUAACUGUGGGAGUCACACAGCCACCAGUCUACACUCUGGUCUGUCCUCUCAGGAAUACGCUACGGGUUACAAUGGCUCCUACCUGCACUCUAGUUACAGCGGGCAGACCGCCUCAGGCCUCCCCUCUCCAUUGCACAAUGCUGGUCUCCUACAACCCCCGCCCCCACCCCCACCACCUCCCCCUACUCUAGUGCCCAGCUACAACGCGGGGUCUCCCAACCUCUCCAACUACAAUUAUCCUCCGACAGGGUAUCCCCCACAGACAGCUGUUGCCCCUAGCUAUAGCCCUGGGGGAGCUCCACCUCCCUCUGCCUAUCUGCCAUCAGGCAUCGCAGCUCCCACGCCCCUACCCCCCUCUACACUCCCUGGCUAUACCUACCAGUCCCAUAACCAUGCACCAAUUGCACCAACACCUUUGAAUGGCAGCUCAGCCAACUCAUUGAAAAGAAAAGCUUUCUACAUGACGGGGCAUGGAGAUAUGGACUCCAGCUAUAGUAAUUUCAACUACAACCAACAGCGCUCCUCACAAAGCCCUAUGUACAGAAUACCAGACAACAGCAUCUCAGACUCAAGCAGAGGGAAUGGAUUUGACAGGAAUGCUGAUCCGUCAUCUUUAGCAUUUAAGCACACGAAGCAGCCAAUAUCCUCAGAUCAGCAAAGAAAAUGUUGCAGUCAGUCUGGCCGAGCAUUAACCCCUCCCUCCUAUGGAUCAACCAAAAGCUCUGUGGGAGGCCUGAGAUCGGGCGAGUCCUUUGGAAAGUUUGGAACCCCCAUAAUGAGUGAUCACAGUGAAGAGCAUAGACAGCUCCUCUCCCAUUCCAUAGCAGGGUCGGACAUUGGCAGCGCUACCUCAUCCAGCCACACCGCAGAGGAGCAGCUGAAGAACAGUGAUGCCAACCUCGUGGAGUUGGUCACCACAGAGAUCCUUCAGCCCGGUCCCCCAGUAGACUGGAAUGACAUUGCAGGUCUGGAGCUGGCCAAAGCAGCCAUCAAAGAAGAGAUUCUGUGGCCCAUUUUGAGGCCAGACAUGUUCAGUGGACUUGCCACAUUACCUCGGAGCCUCCUUCUCUUCGGACCUCAGGGAACAGGCAGAACACUGUUGGGCCGCUGCAUGGCCAGCCAGCUGGGGGCUGCCUUCCUGCGGCUCAGUGGCUCAGCCCUGGUGACCAAGUGGCUGGGAGAGGGAGAGAAGAUUGUCCAGGCCUCCUUCCUGGUAGCCAGGUGUCGCCAGCCCUCAGUGGUGUUCAUCAGUGAGGUGGACAUGCUGCUGUCGGCCCAGCUCAGCGAGGAGAGCCCAGUGAAUAGGAUCAAGAGCGAGCUCCUCAUGCAGCUGGACAGUGUGCUGACCACAGCCGAGGACCACGUCCUGGUGGUGUGCUCCUCCAGUAAGCCUGAAGAGAUCCAAGAGUCCCUGAGGAGGUACUUCACCAAACGGCUUCUCAUCCCCCUACCUGACAGCACAGCACGACACCAGAUAAUCAGCCAACUGCUCUCACAGCACAACUAUUUCCUCAGUGACAAAGAGUUGUCACUGCUGGUCCAGCGGACGGAGGGUUUUUCGGGACUGGACGUGGCACGGCUGUGCCAGGAGGCAGUAGUAGGACCGAUACAUGGCAUCCCAGCUUCUGACCUCUCAGCCAUCCAUCCCAGCCAGAUGAGACCAGUCUCUUACCAAGACUUUGACAAUGUAUUUAGCAAAUUCCAGUCCAACAUAUCCCAAAAAGAACUGGACACAUACACCGAAUGGAAUAAAAUGUUUGGUUGCAGUCAAUGAAACUGAAGCAUUCGAACAUGUGGGAAGGAAACCCCUUUCAGAAGGAUACCGUUUAGAAUUCUCAGUAAACAGGAAGUGGACAAGAGAAUAAUACAGGUAGUGGUGACUUUAACACCUGCAGUACAGUAAAGGCGUAAAGGUAGGCCUUAGAGAAGCAGAG